UUUUUUUGCUGCAGGAUGUUUUCCACUCUCUUUAACAAGCAUCACAGCCCUGGAAAUUUGUUUUACCGCGUAGAACGGCGUAUUUUAGGAAAUUUAUGUCAGGGAAAAACCUUUUAAGUCGUGGCACCAGAUAGUCCACUGACCGAAUUGUUGUUAUUGCAGGCUGAGAUCUCUACGAGGAAAUGUCUUCUUCGUACUCCACCACGAAGAUACUUAAUCCAAAAACGAGGAAACAAACGAUCCGAGUUGUAAGUUCGAAAGCUCGGCCACUGCACACACCUAGGAGAGUACGAUUCCGAAGAGCGAGCAAACUCAGCGAGGAAUCUGGCAAGGAGAUUAUGAAGGCUACGAUUACUGAAAAUAGUUCGGCGACAGUGAAGAUUAAAGGAGUCCAUUUGGAAAAAAACCUGAGUCUAUUCGAAAGAAACCACUUGAAACUAAAUCACCCCUCAGGAGCACCGACGAAAGAUUCCGCAAAACGGCGUCCUUCUCGAGCUCGACGUACUGCCACCGUUGGUUCAAUGAAAAAAGAGAAACCUCAAGGAAUAUACAGUGAGUUCAACGGGCCGGAUAUUCGUAAACCAGUCCCUAAAAAAGGCAGUGGAACAAGGUCACAGGCUGCAAUGUCGGUGGAGCCUAAAAGACAAUCAGGAUUCCGCGUCGAGCGCGUGAAGCUAAUCUCGCCUGUUAAAAUAUCUGACCAAAUAGUUUCGCUGUCUUCAGGGACCUAUGGCAAGCUCAAUGCUGCGACGUCGGCGGAGGCUAAAAGACGAUCAGGAUUCCACGUUGAUCGCAAGAAGCCAACCUCCGCUGUUAAAAAGUCUUGUCAAAAAGUUACUCCGGCUCCUAUAACAUCGACUGCCACACACAGUAAGCCUGUGCUAAUACAAAGUGGAAUGCCUUCAGGCCGGGCGAAGACUGUAAAUUAUCAUAACAAUGACCGAGGAAAAUUUGUUCGUACUGUGUCAAAAGCUCCCCAAUCGCGGCCUUCGCAACCUGUACCAACAGAGGGACUUGUAAGGAACUCAAGACCAUUGAGUGGAACCAAACCUGUAUCACCAAGAGGCCAUUACAUACUUCACACUGCUUUGCUGAAAUUUUUCGAUGAUAAAGUAUCUUUAACUCAAGGAGAAAUAAACAAGAAUUCAAGUACUGUCAAUGGUUUUCUUGAGAGUUUGUUACCUUUGAUACAACAACAAGAUGAACUUUUUGGGCUGAAAAAGCUUAACACGGGUAGCUAUUAUGAGAAAUUAAGGGUUUCUCAGCCAAAUGAAUUCGACACCAUGUUGGUGUUCGAUUCACACCGAAUCACAAAGUUCUUUAACAUAGAAUACAACUUUCGGGAUCCUUCAACUAUGUUGUUCGCGAAACUCUUGUUUAAAGAUCAUGUUCUUAAAGGAAGAGAACUAUGGGGAGCUUUCCUAACGGCGGAUGGAAAAUACCUCUCGCCCACAAAAUUAUUGAGACAUUUCUUCUCCUCGGUAUGCAAAGCAGUGAAACUUCUUGCGAGGGAUCAGCGACAUCGGGUUUCAAAUGUUCGUCAGAAUGGCCCAGCAGUCACGCUGAAAAUCGAUGGGAAAAUCGAGUUUGAUUUAGUUCUGAGCAUCGAGAUUUUGGAGUGGCCGAGGUGUGCGAGUGGCUGGGGUAAUUUUUCCUCGAAAGGUAGCUGGCCAACGAAACAUCAAGUUGAGGAAAUCAGAAUUUCUCAACCCAAAUGUUAUCUGGUGGCGAAACCUUGCGAUGCAGAAAGGUCUCUAGAUUCUCGUGUGUUCUGGCGAAUCUCCUUUUCAGAGGCUGAGAAAAAGCUUUUAUUGCCUAGCGAUUCGGACAAGAAAUAUUACAAGAUUGUGAAAGCUAUCUUUCAGGCUAAAAAAGAGGAAUUGAGACCACUUACUUCUUUUCACCUAAAGAACGCGUUCCUCCUUCAUCGGUGUGAAAAACCCGACAAGUCCAAUUUGGCACGAAGCGUGUUAGAGUUUAUUCAGAAUCUGAUUCAACGAAUGAGAAAAGGUCUACUACCUCACUUCUUUGUUUCGCGUGUGAAUCUUUUGGCAACGAUUUCACAAGAUGACCGACUGAAAAUUGCCCGAAGACUAGAGAACUAUCUCGUCCAUCUGGUAAAAAGACCAAAUUGCUUUCUACCAAGUUUAAAUCCGUAAGUUAGUGAAAGUAAAUUGUAAUGUUCGGCUUUUUUAAGACCACGAAUCGCUCUAGACUCAGUCCGGAAGAAAAGCACGACAACAGUGCGGAGAAUCAUUAGUUCAUAA